AUGUACACUAAACUUAAUUCUCUCGCGGUCAAUCGUUCUCAUGCCUUGGAUGGUACUAGUCUGGGGUCUCAUCUAAAGACUACUAGAGAGACUUGUGCUGAAAGUUACAAUAGUAGCUCAGAACCUCAAACAUCUUAUCAAACUCAUGACAACCCAAACGACCAUUUGUAUGAAAAGAGGAAGCGGAGAAGGGAAUCCCAUAAUGCAGUCGAGCGACGAAGAAGAGAUGUAAUAAACGAUCAAAUCUAUCGAUUGUCAACCCUUUUGCCGGACAAGGAAUCAAACAAGACUAACAAGGGGGCUGUCCUGAGACGAUCGGUAGACUAUAUUCAUUUAAUGCAAGAUACUCUCCGACAGUAUCAGCAAAGAAUUCAUGAAAUGGAGCGUAUCUUGGAAAUCUAUCAGCGCACAGAGACAUCUUAUCGUCCAUUCUCACACGCUCCUUUGUGA